AUGUUUUCAUGGGAUUGGCUUCUUAUAUUUACAAUUUCUUUAAAUAUUUGGUUUACUAAAACUUCACCUACUAUUGUUUUUAUUGGUACAUAUAGCGGAGAUGGACCAACAGAGAGCAAAGGCAUAUAUGCCUUUGCAUUAGAUGAUAUUAAGUCAACUCUUAUACCACUAGGUUUAUCUGUUGCAACAACAAAUCCAUCGUAUAUACUUAUUCAUCCGUCGCAUAAAUAUCUUUAUUCAGCUAAUGAACAAGAUAAUGGUACGGUAACUGCUUUUCAAAUCGAUUCUACUAAACCAGGACGUUUAACAUUAAUAAAUCAACAAUCAUCUCGUGGUAGUGGUCCAUGUUAUUUAUCAACAAAUAAAGCCGGUGAAUAUGUAUUUGUUGCUAAUUAUAAUAAUGGUACUGUUGCUGUUUUACCAAUUGAUAUAAAUAAUGGUACUAUUAAACAAUUUACUGGAUUUGAUCAACAAACAGGUUCAUCAAUUGAUCCAAUGCGACAAACAUCAGCUCAUGCACAUUGUAUAUUACUUGAUAAAAACGAAGAAUAUGCAUUAAGUGCUGAUUUAGGUUCAGAUGAAAUAUAUCAUUAUAGAUUUUUUUCAAAUAAUGGUUCAUUAUUACGAACAUCAAUUACAAAAGCAGCAAAACUUGGUGAUGGACCACGACAUCUUAUAUUUAAUUCUAAUCAAAAAUUUGUCUAUCUUAUGAAUGAACUUAAAUCAACAAUAACAGUUUAUAAUUAUUUUCCAAUUAUGCAAACAAUUCAAAUUAUUUCAACAUUACCAGAAAAUUUUACAUUACCAAAUACAGGUGCCGAAAUACUUUUUCAUCCAACAAUGGACAAAUAUCUUUAUGCAUCAAAUCGUGGUCAUGAUUCAAUUGCUGUUUUUUCAGUUGAUACUAAUACAGGUUAUUUAUCACUUAUUCAACAUAUAAAUGUUCAAGGUCAUACACCAAGAAAUUUUAAUAUUUCACCAAAUGGAAAAUUUUUAAUUGUUGCUAAUCAAGAUUCAAAUAAUUUAGUUCUUUUUACAAUUGAUCAAAUAACAGGAAAAUUAACAGCAACAGGAUCAACUGUACCAAUUAGUAAACCAACAUGUGUCAAAUAUCUAGAACAAUAA